GCAUAUAGACAGAAAUGGAGGCUAUGAAGAAAUAAUAGAGGAAUUUUGCAAGAAAUUAUCAGUAACUUCUUUGAGCAAAAGUGGAUCAAAUAUUGACCAAAAUGACAGGAUGCGUUAUUUGAAAAAAUUACAAGUUCUCUUGCAUGAGGAAGAGUUUAAAAGGAUAAUGGAGCAAAGGAGGUCCAGUGAGUCACAAUCCAAAUUAACCAAGUGGUUUUCCUCAUUUUUCAAAAAAGAUGCUGAAAUGGACUGGAAAGAAGUUCAAAGGAGGCAGGCACCAGAGGUGCUUUGUUGUGUUUUAGGUCCAUCCCAAGAGUAUGUACAAAACACACUGGAAAACUUUAAGGAAGAAGUUGCAUUGAGAUUAAAGGGUACUGGAAGAUGGUGUGUCUUUCGAGAUUACAAAUGGGAAUUUGUAUCUAAAAAAUGCAACAUCAAACUCAAUGAGGCAGAUGAGAAAGGCUUAUCAUCGAUAGAUGUCACAGAUGAGGAUGGUAUAACAUACACAUAUGACUUUGACAUAAUGGAGAGACAACCAGCUAAACAUCAAGGUGAUAUAAGGAAACAGAAAAUUUUAUGCAUUGAAGGUGAUGAUGAAAACAUCCCCUUUCAACCAAAAACUGCAGUUUGGUGUGUAUUGCACAAAGGCAGAUGGAUGUUUUUGCCAUUCCAGUGCAGUGAGGAGUUAAAUGAUGCAGCUAAAAAGAGAAAGACGUUAGUAAAAAUUGAAGGUGGUGUUACAAAUAAUGAACAAUCUUACGAGUAUGACUUGGGCAGAAAAAAGCGGAAAUUAAUCAAGCAGGAUAGUCAACAGAAAAGUGAAGAUAUCAUGUUCAUAGAAGCAAAGAAAAAGGAAGACUUGGAUGUUAAAGAAAAGGACAAGUCAAAACUAAUGAAUGACUUUCCUAUUUUUGAAUUUGUCACUGGAGUAAUAAUGUGUCGGGAAACAGUACAUGGCUACUCAAAGGAAGAAAUUCGUCAGAAAGUAGUAGACACAGGAUGCAAAAUAGGGAAAGAGGGAAACUCUGUAUUUCUUAUACAAGGGAGCUUAUCACAGAUUAUAGAAGCAAACAGGCAAUUAUCUGUUAAAGGGAAGAAAGAUGAACAUAGCUCAUCAGAAAUGACGGAGUUAGUUAUCAGAAUCCCAAUGUCUGAAAGGGACAACAAAGCAUUCAUGUACUUUGCAGACCAACACAGCUUGUUUAAAAAAGUAGCUAAUGUUAUUCAGUAUGUUGAUGGUGUCCUAAUUUGCACUGUGCCUGCUGAUGAAGGCAAAUUCACUGAGGAAAAGAUGGAAGAGGAAUUAAAAUGUGUACAGAUGAUGAAUUCUGAUAUUGUUGCAAUAGAGAACAAAGAAAUUAAUAUUCAUCAGGUUAUAGAAGAAAUAAAACAAAGGAAUUCAAAUGUCUUUCUUUUACAUAGAAAGGAUAGCAUUGAAAUCAUCUGUGAAAGUUAUACUGAACUUUUAGAAGUGAAAGGUUUAUUGGUGCAAAAAUUGUCAGGUAAAGUAAACAGAAGAGCAGGACGAAAGUUUGCAAAGACUGAAACAGCAGAAGCAGCAGCUGAUAGUGAUGUAUACAGAAGAAGAUUCAAUACUGAUGUCAGUUUUCACACAACAUCCAAGUCUGAAAAUGUAACAGGCACUAACAGGCUAACAAAGGUAGAGAUGAAGACUCCUGAGGGUUUAGAGAUAAAGAUAUACCAAGAAAGCAUUGUUCACUUAAAUGUGGAUUGCAUUGUCAAUGCUGCAAAUGAAAAUCUUUGGCAUGGAGGAGGAGUUGCUGCUGCCAUAUCAGAUGCAGCAGGUAAUGCAUUUGAUGAUGAAAGCAAGGGUUAUAUAGUGAAGCAUGGUCCUAUACCAGUAGGUUCAUGUGCUGUGACAUCUGCUGGUAAAUUACCGUACAAGUAUGUAAUUCACACAGUUGGACCAAGAUGGAGUAACUAUUCUGACAAAGAUCGUUGUCUACAUGAUCUCUGUGAGUCUGUAGAGGUCACCUUUAGAGAGGCAGAUAAGUUGGGGAUGAGGUCAAUCGCAUUACCUGCAAUAAGCUCAGGUAUUUUUGGUGUCCCUGGAGAUAAAUGUGUAGAGCAAUAUUACAAAGCAGUGAUGACAUUCAGCAGAAGUUACCCCUAUCAGAGUCUCAAAGAAAUCCACUUUAUUGACAGAGAUCCAUCAAUGGUCAGUGCAAUACAGGCAAUAUUCCAACAAAGAGCUUCACCUCCUUCAGGCUUUAUUACUUCAGGGUCCUCAGAAGUGCAAGACAGUGGAAAGGGAUUACCACCAGAAGACAAAAAAAUGUCUUUAACACACGGAAGUCAAUUUAACAAACAACCAUUAACUGUUGAUUCCAUUAUUAAAAUAUCAAAUAUGCUUACAAUCAAAGUUCAUCUUGGAAAUAUUACAGAUGUUACAUCAGACAUUGUAGUUUGUCCUCAAGAUGAAUACUGCUCAUCAAAUGACCAAGUUGCGAGAGGAAUUUUGAAAAUGAUUCCAUCAGAGUCUGAAACUCCAAGUUCUGGAAGAAAGAAGAUUGGUCAAAUUUUGUCGCAAAAAAUUUAUGGAAAUUCCCCAUGGAAGAUGAUCGUUCAUGCUGUUACACCAAGAUGGACCAAAGACUCUGCAAAAGAUCCCGGGAACUUUGAAAGAACAUUAAAUAUAAUGAUCCAAGAAAUUAUAAAAACUGCAGACGAAUCGAACUGCUUAUCCAUAGCUGUUCCACUUCUAGGUGCAGGGGUAGGCGAUUAUCAAACACCUUUGGAAACAUGUGCUCGGAAUUUGUACAAAGCUGUGAAAGCAACACACUCUUCACUGAUACAUCUCAAAGAAAUCUACCUUGUUGUGAAAGAGGAGGCUGCAGAAAAAGUAUACCUGGAUACAUUUGAAGAAGGGGGGUUUCAAGUUAUACCUAAUACUCUCUCUGAGGCUUCUCAACCCCCUGGUAAAACAGAUUGGGGCAAAACAAUGAAAUCUUCAGAUUUGCCUCAAGAACAGGAAAACUGCUGUGUAUGUAUGGAUACACCAACAAAUCCAAAACGAUUGAAAAAAUGUGGCCAUAUCUUCUGCAAAGAGUGUAUUGAGCAGUAUUUUGAGUACAAGCCAGUCUGUCCAAGUUGUGGUCAGAUUUAUGGGAAAAUGAAGGGGGAUCAGCCCCUAGGUUCGAUAUCAAUGAGAAAAAGUCAUCAAAGGUUGGAAGGUUUCAAUGACUGCUAUAGCUGUAUUAUUGUGACGUACACAUUUCCUGAUGGAUCUCAGGGACCAGAUCAUCCAAAUCCUGGAAAGCAGUAUAAAGGAAUAAUUCGCUCUGGUUAUCUCCCUAAUAAUGAGAAAGGAUGUCUGAUAGCUAAGUUGCUAAAUGUAGCAUUCAGCAGACGACUGGUCUUUACCAUUGGUCGCUCUAGAACUACAGGCCAGGAAGGUGUUAUUACAUGGAAUGAUAUACAUCAUAAAACUAGACCCGAGGGAGGACCUCAAAGAUUUGGUUAUCCAGACAGUACAUACCUUGACCGAGUUUUAGAAGAAUUGGCAGCAAAAGGUGUCACUCCAGAGUCUGCUGAUGAUCUAGAGGAAUACAGAGAAUAUUCAUACUUUGUCAAAUACAUCAACAGAUAAGCAGCUUUACCUGUAAUUGAAAAAAGAAUAAUCAAGAUUGAUCAUCAUAAUUUUGUAGAAUAUUAAUUGUUAUUUCUUAGAUAAUUUCCUUAUUUUUUACAAAGUAGAAGAGUUUAAUCACUAUGAAUUUAAAAUUAGU